UUCUGAAUAUUGAUUGCGCUACGGGACCAGCCUGAGUUAAAACAUGCUCAGCAGGUGCAAAGCUUGUAAACUCAAACAAGUCUCUAAAGAAAAGCAAAAGGUAAAACUCUCAAAAUCCAACCAUUGUUCAAACUCUUGCUGUGAUUCUUAACUGGUUAACAUUGCGGGAAGUGAAACUUGUAACGUACUGAGUUGACUCAAGGGUUAACCUAAAGAAUCCAGGAGAAUCUGAAGUGAUUGAAGGCUUUCUGAAAGCACUGGUCAGAAUGGUGCCUGGUCCUGGGAAAGAGCUGGUUGGAGUCUUCCUGCUCCUCUUGGCUUUCAGGGAGAUGUGGAUGGUGAAUUGCCUGGCUUUCAAAUACUGUGUCGGUGAACUGGUGAAGCAGGUUUUUACUUGUACAGACCGUGGCAUCUCAGAGCUGAAGGAGGCUGUCUCAGACAUUCCUACUCACGUCAGGGUUCUUAAUGUCUCCGUCAAUAAGAUCCGGACUUUACAUCACCGAGGACUGGAAAAUCUAACACAGCUAGAACUUCUAAGGCUGGACAAGAAUAAUCUGACAACCAUCGACAUAGAAGCUUUCUGGAAACUCAGUAACCUCCAGCUGCUAAACUUAUCCUGUAACCAACUGGAGACUCUCAAACCAGGAAUCUUCAAAUUCCUUCCCAACCUGACCAACUUAAUCCUCAAACAGAACAAGUUAACUAGUUUCCUUGGAGAAAGUGUUUUUGCAUUAAAGAGGUUGAGGGUUCUGGAUAUUUCUUCCAACAGUUUAAGGAAUGUUUCAUCUUUCUUCAAAGCUCUUAGCAGUUGUACUGGUCUAAGAACUCUAAAUGCUGAAAACAACAACAUCAGUGCUUUAGAAAUCUCCUCAUAUUUCCCUCCCAAUUUGACCCACCUGCUUCUAGCUAGAAAUGUCAUCUCCCAACUAUGGGCACCUGCUGCUUUUUUUGCAAAUAUUAUAUACUUGGACUUAUCCUUUAAUAACCUGUCAAGCUCUAAGGAAUUAACUUCACACACGUUCACCAGACUUCAAUUCCUGAAUGUGCAACAUAACCCCUUGGGUAAGGAUGGGGUUAUUGACAUUGUUCAAAACUUGAAUGCGCCAUUGGUAAACAUCAACCUGUCAAACCUGACACUGAAUGACAAGGCAACACUGGGUAAACUGUGCAAAUUCAUCCAGAAAAAGAGAAUUCAGCGGUUGGAGCUGAGAGGAAAUCGGCUUCACCAGGUGAGUAGUGCCUUCAGCAACUGUCAGGAUGUCGUGUCGUUAGACUUGUCCCACAAUCAAAUCAUAAAACCGAACAUUUUUGGCAGUUUGGACACUCCUAAUAACCUACAAGUAUUAAACCUAGACUUUAAUUUGAUUCGCAAUGUCUCUUUAUGUGGCUCAGGGCAAAAUGUGGAAGAAAAUAGAUCUAGUCCAUGUUUAGAGAAACUCCAGCAUCUCACCUUGAGAUCCAAUCGCAUUUCUGCCAUUAGAUCACAUGUAUUCCAAAAUUUAAAAAAUCUGCGCUAUCUUUCCUUAGCUUUGAAUGAAAUUAAUUUUAUAAACAUAACUGCGUUUGUGGGUCUAACCAAUCUAAAUAUGCUGUCGCUCACUAACAAUGCCAUCGAAGAGAUUUUUCAUGAAACCUUCACUAACCUCACAAACCUGCAAUCCUUGAAGCUCAGGAAUAACAGGAUUCCAACUGUGUUCAAUAAGACUUAUUCUAGCCUCUCUAAUCUGAUCAUACUGGAUUUGGGAGGAAACCACAUUCACAAGAUUGAAAAUGGAGGUUUUAAAGGACUCAAGGCUUUGGAAAAACUUUACCUGGACAGAAACUGGCUGUCAAAUGUUUCUCAAGGAAUGUUUGAAGAUCUUAAAUCAUUGAGGGUAUUAGACCUUGCCAACAAUAAGUUAUCUUUUGGAGCCAAUCACUUAAAAUUUCCUCCAUUCAUUCAUCUUCAGAAUCUCCAAAUGUUGAAGUUACGAUCUCAAGCACCAUUUGGUCUUAGGCUGUUACCUCAUAAUCUGUUUCAUGGGCUUCAGGGGCUAAAGAGACUUGAUAUAUCCAACAACAAGUUUGUAAAUCUCAAUACUCUGCCGUUCCAGCAACUUACUAAUCUAGAGCAGUUGCACAUGAGUGAUAUUUGUAAUGGGUUCCAGACUAUGCAUGACUUAACUUUUGCCAACCUGAUAAAUCUCCGACAUCUGACUCUGAAGAAUGUUGGCUUGGAAUCCAUCAGGAAAAUCCUCUUUCAAAAUCUAACCAGCCUCAACUCUCUGAUGUUGUCAAGCAAUAUGAUCCAUGUGAUCAAAGAGAUUGAUAUUCCCCCGUUGCACAAUCUCACCUAUCUGGACCUGCGCUUUAACCCUAUCUCCUGUGUUUGUGACAAUAUUUGGUUCCAGCAAUGGGCUACUAGCUCCGAUGUCCAGGUUCCUUUCUUCUACCAGUAUCCAUGUGUGGACAAUGGAGUUGAGAAAAGAACAUAUUUUGCAAAGUUUGACAGCUCAGUGUGCAAUGAUGGCUUUGUGGCAUUUUGUGCAACAGCCCCAGUUAUAUUUGUUUUAAUGGUAACAGUUGUGGUCUACCAGAAAGGCAAGUGGAGCUUCCACUACGGAUACUAUCUGCUCCGGGCUUGGAUCCAUGAAAACAAACUCCAGAAGAACAGUACCAAAGGCUACAAGUUUGAUGCUUUUGUGUCCUACAACUCCAAGGAUGAAGCUUGGGUAUUUGACCAACUAAUGAACAAUCUGGAGAAUGAGGGGCCUCCAUUUCACCAACUCUGUUUCCACCACAGGGAUUUUGAAGUGGGUAAACCCAUCGUGGAAAACAUUGUUGAUGCCAUCUAUAAGAGCAGAAAGACAAUUUGUAUCAUCUCCAAGAAUUAUCUUCAAAGCGAAUGGUGCUCCAUGGAGAUGCAGGUCGCCUUGUAUCGAUUGUUUGAUGAACACAGUGAUGUCCUCAUCUUGGUUUUCCUGGAGGAGAUCCCUGGCCAUGUGCUCUCUUCUUACCAUCACCUACGCAAGCUGGUGAGGAAGAAGACCUAUAUUAACUGGCCUGCUGAUGAGUCUGGGCAAAAGCUUUUUUGGACCAAGUUAAGAGAUGCUCUCAAGAAAGUGCACACAGCUUCUGAUGAAUCGAUUCCCCAACUUACCCAUUGCACAAUCUAAUUCCAUGAAAUAAUCUAUCAUUCUCGGGCAGGGACAAAAUACCAACAUUACAGAUGCUGUAGAACUGGACCACAGGUUUCAUCAUUGACUUCUCAUGUCCAGGAUCUGAAUUUUGGAAAAGGAAGAGGCCAUUCAGCCUCUCAAUCUUUCUCCUUCCUUUAAUUAGAUUGUGGCUAAUCUGUACCUCAAAUUCAUUGACCUGCCUUUAUUCCAGAACUGUCUUACUCUUACCAAGAAAAUACUAUAAAAUCUGAGUAAUGUUAAUUUCAAUUGAACGUCAUUGCUCCAACAUCUGGAGGAAGGAGCUUCAGGUUCAGGGAAAGAAAGUGCUUCCUGCUUUCUUCACUGCUGAAUGGUCCAGUUCUGAUCUGAAAAUAAUGUCCUUUUGUUUUCAAUUCCACAGAAAAGGAACUAGUUUCCCAGUGGGUACCUAUCAAUUCUCUAUGCCAUUUGAAACUUCAAGAUCAGAGCACUCAUCAACUUCCUCAACUCAAAGGACUAAAAAUCAAGUUAAUUAAAGUGUUCUCAUAACUUAACCCUUUGAACAUCAGUAUCAUUCUGGUUAAUUUGCAUUUAACUCUUCCAAUGUCAUGACGUCCAUUGGAAUUGCCAUUUGCUACCACUGUAACCAAAGCUCUGCACAAUUGAAAUAUAUUUUAUUUUCACUUUGGGCUCCAAUUCCACUGGGAUAAAACCUAGCAUUCUAUUCAUUUUCUGAUUAUUUUUGUUUGCAUUCCAGCUCGGGUUAUUGGAAUGAAAAUCUCCUCUGUUGUUUGUAAAGGUCUAACUUGAAAGGAUAUUUUGGAUGUAAUGCUUCCAAUUGCAGAAAGGUGUAUCUCCCCUGUGACAUUUACAUGCCCAGCUCCCAUUAUAAAUGCAUGUCAGAAUUUACAAGGAAAAUGGUUGACAUAAAAUUGGGUACAGAGAUGGGAUUUUUAAUAUAUUAUAAAUACAUAUUGUAAACUAUUUGUUUGAAAUUGUAAGAACUGAGUUAUUACAGAUUUAUUGCUCUUAGUAUCUCAAUGUCAGGAAGUUUCCAUUUUGUGUCUAAUGUGACAAUCCAUAU